AAUUUUAUCUUCCCCAAAACACCAUAAUUAAUUUUAACCAAACCUUAAUUUAAACUACUAUUUAUAUUAUUCUCUAAACAUAUCAAUUCUCUCACCAUCUCAUCACUCCUACCUACAUCCAUGGCUUCCUCCCUAUCAAAAUCUCCACAUUGUCUCCUAAUCUUAUCUCUAAUUACUCUAACAAUUCUCAUUCCAUUUGCAAACUCUUUAACCAACAACAAUGAAAACGAGAUGAUAUUAUCUCAAAAAUCAGAAUUAAAAUCUUUAUGUAAAACUACACCAUACCCAAAUGAUUGUUUAAACACCCUAAAACUCACCCUUUCCUUAAACCUCCCAUUAAACUUCCUAAACUUCUUAUUACAAUCUCUUCAAAAUGCACUAAGUGAAGCUACUAAACUUUCCUAUGUUUUUGACACAACAACACAUUACAAUCUUAUUGAGAAACAAAGAGGAGCACUUCAAGAUUGUAAGGAACUUCAUCAAAUCUCACUCCUUUCACUUAAAAGAUCGGUUUCCGAGGUUAAGUCAUCGAAUUUAACCGAUGCUAGGGCUUUCCUUAGUGCUUCCCUUACCAACAGAGAAACUUGCUUAGAGGGUCUCGCCUCGGCUUCCGGGCCUCAGAAACGGGUCUUAAUAAGGUCCAUUUUCGACGCUUACAAGCAUGUUAGCAACUCAUUGUCUAUGCUCAGCGAUGGCAGUGGUGGUUCUGGGGUGGCGCGAGGGUCAUAUAGUCAUGGCGUCAUGCUAGCUCCAGCACUAAGCGACGGCCCUGCUUCUCGGGGGGUGCCACCACCCUCCUGGUGGUCGUCGUCGUUGGAUAGUAAAAUCCUGGGCGGCGACGAAGACUAUGGUGGUGGCUGGGAGGGUGAUGAAGGUGAGACGAUCAUUGUCGCGGCGGACGGGAGUGGGGAUUUCACGAGUGUACAAGAAGGUGUUAACUUUGCACCAAAUAAUAGUGAGUAUAGGACUUUUAUCUAUGUAAGGAAAGGGGUUUAUGAGGAGAAUGUGGAGAUUCCAAGUAAUAAACCUAAUAUUGUUCUUCUUGGUGAUGGGAGUGACGUCACUAUUAUUACUGGUAAUAGGAGUGUGGCUGAUGGUUGGACUACUUUCAGAUCAGCAACUGUAGCUGUCUCCGGAGAAGGAUUCUUAGCACGUGACAUAACCUUUGCGAACACGGCCGGCGCCGAGAAACACCAAGCGGUCGCCCUUCGAAUAAACGCGGACUUAACGGCGGUCUACAGGUGCACCAUACUAGGGUACCAAGACACACUCUACGUCCACUCCUUCAGACAGUUCUACAGAGAGUGCGACAUUUACGGGACAGUGGACUACAUCUUCGGCAACGCCGCAGUAAUCCUCCAGGGGUGCAACGUCGUUUCACGUAUGCCGCUCCCCGGACAACACACGGUGAUCACGGCCCAGUCGCGUGACAUGCCUGACGAAAACACGGGCAUCGUUCUCCAGAACUGCACCGUGCUGGCUACCGAGGAGCUAUACGGGAACAAGACACGUGUACGGAGUUACCUUGGGAGGCCGUGGAAGCCAUACGCUAGGACGGUGUACAUUGAGUCGUACAUUGAUGAUUUUAUUGAUGCAAAGGGUUGGGUAAAAUGGUCGUCAAAUGAUGAUGAAUUAGGGUUGAAUAGUUUGUAUUAUGGAGAGUUUGAUAAUAGAGGGCCGGGUUCGAUCACGGGUGGUAGAGUUAAUUGGGGCGGGUACCAUGUUAUGGAUUAUUAUGAUGCAGCUAAUUUUACGGUUUCUGAGUUUAUUGUUGGGGAGGCAUGGUUAGAUUCUACUUCAUUUCCUUAUGAUGAAGGGAUUUGAUUAUUCUUAUUAUUAAUUGUUAUCGUAGUGCUCGUUCGAUAGCGUUGUCAGUUUUCAGUUUUUGGGUUUAAUAAUUCAUACUACUUUCGUUUCUGAAAGUUUUUAA